CGCACGACGCCUUCUUCAGUCUCGCACCUCUCUAUAAAACGGAGGUCUCACAACGAACUCCAGCAACAAUCCAGAGUCCAGGGGAUCAAGGUACUGGUACAGUCCGAAUCCUUAGCUGAAAAAUACUUUGAUAUAGCCAGAUAUACAAUUGGUUCUCGUUCGAUCGAUCGGUUGCUAGCAACUUGGGUCGAGCAGUUAGUUAGCUCGCGUGGUUAGGUUCGAUGGCAUUGAGGGAGAUCGAGUCGACGCUGCCCCCGGGGUUCAAGUUCUACCCGAGCGACGAGGAGCUGGUGUGCCACUACCUCCACAAGAAGGUGGCCAACGAGCGCAUCGCGCAGGGGACGCUCGUCGAGGUCGAUCUACACGCGCGCGAGCCGUGGGAGCUCCCAGAGGUGGCGAAGCUGACGGCGAGCGAGUGGUACUUCUUCAGCUUUCGGGAUCGCAAGUACGCCACGGGGUCGCGCACGAACCGCGCCACCAAGACGGGCUACUGGAAGGCCACGGGCAAAGACCGCGAGGUGCGCGGCCCCGGUGCCGCGCGCGCCGUCGUCGGCAUGCGGAAAACGCUCGUGUUCUACCAGGGGAGGGCCCCCAACGGCGUCAAGACCGGCUGGGUCAUGCAUGAGUUCCGCCUCGACACCCCGUAUUCUCCCCCAAGGGAGGACUGGGUGCUCUGCAGAGUGUUUCAGAAGACGAAGGGCGACGGCGACGGCCAAGACGGCGCCACCUCGCCCGCCUUCGCCGGCUCGUCGCACGUCAUGCCGUAUCAGCAACCUGCGUCAGGCGACUACUACGGCCCCGGCUCUGCGCCGCAGCAGGAGGUGGCAGUGCUCACGAGCACGGCCAUGCCGCCACAGUAUUACGGCGGAACGGCAGUUGAUCACCACGGUUUCCCGCGAGACGACGCCGGCAGCGCGCUGCCGGGGUUCGGGCUUGGCGCGAGGGGACUUGGUGGAAACGAGUACGGGUUUGAUUACUUCGACAUGGGUGGCUUCGACGACACGGCGAGCCUUGGGCUUGGAGGCAUGGGGUUCCCGCAAGGGUGGAACUGAUCGCGCACGCCCUGCCUUCUUUAAAGAGAUUAUUGAUAUUGGAUUAAUUAAUUCUAUUAUUUGUUUAUAUACACAUGGGGAUUGAAAGAUAGACUAGCCUGGGUUUGGAAAUGUUGCGAUUGAGAUGAUUAAUUGUGAACGUGAAAUCAUGUGUAAAUUAUUUGGGAAAUACUUUCUUAGUUAAUGUAAAUGUAUGCAACCGAGCCGUCUUGAUU